GGAGUAUUAUGGGCUGUGGGUGCCGCUGAGCAAGAUGGAGCUGUCUGCAGUGGGCGAGCGGGUCUUCGCGGCCGAAUCCAUCAUCAAACGGAGGAUUCGAAAGGGACGCAUCGAGUACCUGGUGAAAUGGAAGGGGUGGGCCAUCAAGUACAGCACUUGGGAGCCCGAGGAGAACAUCCUGGACUCGAGGCUCAUCGCAGCCUUCGAGCAGAAGGAGAGGGAGCGAGAGCUGUAUGGGCCCAAGAAGAGGGGACCCAAACCCAAAACUUUCCUCCUGAAGGCGCGGGCCCAGGCUGAGGCCCUCCGCAUCAGUGAUGUGCAUUUCUCAGUCAAGCCCAGCGCCAGUGCCUCCUCGCCCAAGCUGCACUCCAGCGCAGCCGUGCACCGCCUCAAAAAGGACAUCCGUCGCUGCCACCGCAUGUCCCGCCGCCCCCUGCCUCGCCCAGACCCCCAGGGGGGCAGCCCUGGCCUGCGCCCACCCAUCUCUCCUUUCUCCGAGACCGUGCGCAUCAUCAAUCGCAAGGUAAAGCCUCGGGAGCCCAAGCGGAACCGUAUCAUCCUGAACCUGAAGGUCAUCGACAAGGGCACGAGUGGAGCCGGUGCCGGGCAGGGGGCUGGAAACCUUGCCCGCCCCAAAGUCCCCUCUCGGAACCGCGUCAUCGGCAAGAGCAAGAAGUUCAGUGAGAGCAUCCUGCGCACGCAGAUCCGCCACAUGAAGUUCGGAGCCUUCGCGCUGUACAAUAAGCCGCCUCCGCCAGGCCCUCUCCCGCCCCCGCCAGCCAGCAAGGCUGACGUUGCUGCUUCCACCGCCCCGGGGCUGCUCCUGGCAGCCCCCUCUGCCCCCUACGACGCCCGCAGCUCCAGCUCCUCCGGCUGCCCCUCGCCAGCACCACAGUCCUCCUCUGACCCCGACGACUCACCUCCCAAGCUGCUCCCGGAGACCAUAAGCCCAUCUGCCCCCGACUGGCAAGAGCCCGAGGUGCUCGACCUGUCCAUCUCUCCGGAGAUGGCAGCCACCAGCAAGCGGGCACCUCCUGAGGUCACUGCUGCUGCCAGCCAGGCACUUCCCACUGCCCCUGAGCCUGCCGGCACCUCCGAGCCAGAGGCUGGGGACUGGCGCCCUGAGAUGUCACCCUGCUCCAAUGUGGUCGUCACCGAUGUCACCAGCAACCUCCUGACGGUCACUAUUAAGGAGUUCUGCAACCCUGAGGAUUUCGAGAAGGUGGCAGCUGGGGUGUCAGGCACCACAGGUGCGAGUGGCAGCAGUGGGGUGAGCAAGUGAGGGUCUGCACCAAGGUGGGGGCUUUGGGGGGACCCUCCUGCCCAAAGUCAUACUCUUGCUCCUGCCCCCACCCUCAGACACCUGCCUGUGCUUUGCUUGUUUUCAGUGGCUUGGUGUUGACCCCCGGGAUGGGGUUGGGCAGUUGGGGCCUCCUGAAGCCCAGUGGGGCUCAGUCCUGGACCAGAUUAGGGCUGGAGUGGGGUGAGGGCACUGGGAAUUCCUCCCUCUUAUCGUUUGGCACCCUCCCUGCCCAUGCACGGUGGGGCCCACUGGGUAACUCGUAGGGAGUCCCAGAUCCUGGGGUUCAGCUGCCUCCUCCACAUCCCACCCUGUCUCCCUAGCUUGCUUCCAGCUCGUGCACAGCAUCUGACCUCUCGGUGCUAAUCCGGCAGCCACAGGGCCCCUUAGGAGAUUCCCUCCCAGCCUGGGUACCAUUCCUUUCCUUCCUCCAGAUGCCUGGGCAGGAGGGGCAGGGAUAGCAGAGCCCAGACAGGUUGAGGUGAGGGUGGCAGUGCCCAGAGGCAUGGGUCUUCUGUCCACUUCUGGAGGAGACUCGAGCACUCCUUUAGGCCCCACCCACCUCUUUACUAAGCCCUGUCUGGAAGGUGGGAGGACCUGGCAGGACCUCCCCUUGCCACAGCCUCCAGCAUCUAAAGGCCCCUUUCAGUUCUCGACCAAAGGUGCUACAAGAAUCUGCUGUGGAAACUUCCAACUGUGCGCUUGCGUCUGCCGCCCCCUGGUGUGUGUAUAUGUGUAUCCGUAUGUGCGCUGGGCACUGGGUCCAAACUCUCCAGGCGGCACUCUUUAGGGUUCCUCAGAAUAGGGUCGUCAAAGGCCUGGACCUUCCCAUGCCACCAGCUGGGCCACCCCUCCGGUCCCGGGUGUCCUGGGCACAUGCACCGCCAUGCUCUUCUCCUUCUGGGUGGUCAGCCUGACUGGCCAGGUCUUCUGUGGCUGCACACCUGGCAUGGUGGGGACUGAAGUAGAGGAGGGAGACCCUGCCCCGAGCUUCCUCUCCUCCUGGAGAAGGAGGAAGCCUGGAACUGUUCUCAAGGGUCUCGAGCCUCUCUUGCCCCCUCCCUUGCUUCUGACCGCUGAGGCUUUCUCACAGCCCAGCUUGCUCAAAGCAGCAGGAGGCCUCCGGUGCCCUUUGCAGCUUUUCUUGCCUGCUGCUGCCAGGGAGCUGAGGCAUCCAUGCCAGUAGCAGAGACCAAAGCCCCAAUUUUAACCCAGACACUGGGAGGACAGGCAGGCCAAAGUGGGGGAACCGAAGAGAGGGCCUGGGUUCAGGAGAACGGGGGUUUACAGGGCCAGGGUCUGGUGCACUUUGGGGGCAGCCUCGGGAGGCAGCCCUGGGCCACUGUCACUCAUUGGCAUGAAUGGCAUGCUCUGCGAGAGGCUCAGCGUAGCUCCCUGGUAUGUGUGGUGACAGGAGUCUCAGCUCAGAAGUGUGAUGGCAAACGGUAGGAAGAGGCAGAAAGGGAAUCCAUUUAGGAAACAAAGAAUGGGAGGACUCUUUCUUUCAGUGUCCCCACCAGGAGCUGGAGCCUGGCCCCUGGCCCUCUGCACCCCUGAGGGCCCUCAGAGGGUUUGGGGGGCUGGCACUCCCGGACCCCUCCCCACCUGCCCUUCGUGUUGGCUCUGUGGCCAUCCAAGUGCCAAUUGGCUUCCCCCCAAAUAAGGGCUGGUUUUCUCCUCUGUCCUGAGAGGUGAUUUCCCCCGACCCCUCACCCUAGGUGAGCGACCACCUGGGUGCCAGUUACAGGUGUUUCCAGAGACCAUAGAAAUGUGUUUUCCUGAGAGUCCGUGUCAUUCGUGACUUUUUUUGUAAAGAAGUUGUGUUUUCAGAGGUGAUUUUAUGACAGGAAAGUGAAAGAAUUAGUUUUGCAAAAAACAAAAAAAGGAAAAAAAAGAAAUAGAAAAAAUAUUGUGGGAUUCCUAUGGGGUUGGGGAGGGAGGGGAGAAAGAGAUAUUUAAAGAAAAACUGGUAACGCAGUGAUUGCACAGGUGAGGUGGCGAUGUUUGGGAUAGGAAUGGAGGCCCAGGCCCAGCGGGUGGGGCCCCGGGGUUGUGGCCAGCGGCCCUCCCUCCUGUCCUGGUCCAGACUCCACACCUGUCCUCGCUCAAAGGAAAGGAUAAAAGCUGGUUCCAAGGUAACUAGCCAGAAGAUGUAAGGACCAAGCAAAUGGAGCUGAGAUUUGGCGUGGGGGGCAGUGAGGGUCCCACUCUUGGGCCAGGACCCAUUGUUGGUGACUUUCUCCAGGAAGGCUGGUGAGUAGGUGCACUUGGGUUUCUUGCUCUCCUCCGCUCCUUUGCCAGCUUGUUGGGCCAUCUGGUUCCCACCUCCACCACCCCAUGGGGGGCAUCUUCCUCCCCAUCACCCCAAAGACCAUGACACCCGUGAGCUUCACUGGCCAGGUAGGGGAUGCAGGCUUCAGGAAGACAGGAGCUGUGGAUGCUGAGAGACUCUUAGGUGGUGAUCCUGAGGGAUUAGGGGCAACCAUGGGGAGAAGGGAAUGCCUGCCCCCUUCUCUUUCCACUGGUAGGUGGGUUGCUGCCCCUGACCCCAGCCUUGCAGCCCCACCCCACCUCGGUGUGUGCAGAGGCACGCAUGCACACUGCUCUGAGGUGGUAAGCUCCCCUGGGGGCCCUGCGUGGGCACGGUGUCACAAGCAAACAGCCCACCUUACCUCUCUCCAGGGUGGCUUAGAGCAGGGUCCCAGAAGCCCCCCCACACACACACUUGCACGGAUCAGCCUCCUGUGGGCCCUUCCCCCUUGCUGCUUUUCCGUUUGCCUAAUUACCAAGCAGAAGUUGCAGUCUGGUUUGCUUUAUUUUUAUAUGUGAAAUACCCCCACAGCCCGAUCUCCCAUGUUCAGUAUUGGUUGGGGCAUCGGUCAUGUCCCCUUAAUGCCACUCCUCUUUACCCACAUGCCAUAGGAAACAGAUGAGGUCUGGUGUCUCUGGUUUGAGAUGGGAAGUUGGGACCCAUCCCUGUCUCAUUCCCCUCUCUGACCCUCAUUUGCCCAUCUGUGAAAUGGGUGUAUUGGGAGCAAGGCCUCUUCGUAAAAGUACUGCUGGUGUCCAGGCAGCUGCUGAGAAAUAAGUGGUGGUUGAGGUUGGUGGGGCUGGGCCUGCAGCCUCCCACAGCUCCAUUUUGCUCUCACCCUGUGAAGGGGUCUGGGUCAAAAUGAGCUCCGUACUUCCUCUGCUCUGGAAGGAGGCGACGAUCAAGUCCCCAGCCUCUGUGAGGCAGGAGAGUGGGAGGAAUCACCCCAUUUAUGGAAAUGGGCUCCGAGAGACAGAGCUGCUUCUCGGGGAUGAAGAGCCCAGCUGCUCUGGCCUUUGACAUUUUUAAAGCCUGUUAAAUGGCGGGGCCUGGGCCCUGGAGCCACCACAGAGCUGGCAGGCUACCCUUGAGCCAGGGGUCCCCAGUGAGGGGUCAGCCCUGAGUAGGAAACUUAGCUGGGGGGUGAGGGGUGGAGGCAGGGCCACCACCAGCCUUUCUAGCCCCUGGAGACCCAGGUGAACACCGUCAUUCCCACCUUUGGGGGUUUGGUUUGGUUUGGUUUGCACUUGGCCCACGCCGGACAGCGGAGCCCGGCCCCCCCCCCGGUCAGCUCCACAGGCUCCCAUGCACUAGCCCAAGGCAGCCUCUUGGUGGUUUGUAUGGUUUAAGGAAUCACUUUAAAAAAAAAAAAGAAAGUGUUUAAAGGUUUUUGUUUUUUUCUGUCUGCAUCUCCUCUCAUUCAGAAAGCCCAGAAUUAAGGCCUCAAACUCUAGGAGAGUGUCUCCCAGCCUGACCCCAUCUUGCUGACAGUCACCAAGAUGCCAAAGUGGGACAGGCUGGAUGGGGACUGAGAACCCCACCUCCCAGGCCUGCAGGGCCCCCCUUGAAGGAGUCAGCACCUCACUCCAACAGUGAGUGAGCUCCUACUGUGUGCAAUGCUUCCGCUAGGCAAAGGGGGGCUGAUAGCCUAACGGGGGACCCUUCGUAAGAGGCCAGCGUAGAAGGAACAGGGAGUUUGCCCCCCCUCCCCCUGCUGUGGGCUAGAGUGGAGAUGGAGAUUUCUUUUUGUUGGUUUUAAUUUAAAAACACAAAGGCCUAAGGAAAUGUAUCUUAUAAUUUUUUUUAAUUUUUGAAAAGCUCAUUUAAUGAAUUGUGCACGGAUGAAUUCUAUAUAUAUAAAGUAUACAUAUAUAGCUCUA